AAGAAAUUCAGCAUCGCUGUUCACUAUCGAUCGUUUAAGCCUAAUAGGAUAAGAUUUCUAUCAUCUCUUUUAUAGUCUAAUGGAUGUCAUUGCUUCUGUAAAUAGCUUGUACGAGGUUCGAAUUAUUGACGUCGCCGUCCUUUGCGAAAAUGCACGUCUUAAGCAUUUUGUUUCUGGCGACACGACGGGACCCGCGAAAGUUUCCUGCGUCCACUGGCGUUGCCAUCCUGGCCUUCCCGUCCCCGGAGACCUUUAAGAGGAGCAAGACUUUUGGCCGCGCGGAGGCUGGCACUAUUGCCCUGUAUUCGUAGUAUCAACAUUUAGAUGCUGCAAUAAGUGCAAAGUAAGUAUAUUUACUUAUGUUUCGGCGUAUCUUCAACUAUGUUAGCAAGUAAAAAAUAUUUUUAGCCACCUCAAUAGGAAAAACACGCUGUUUCCGUACUGGAAAUAUGAUAAAACUGAGGUAGAAGGCAUGUCAGUUUAGCUGUUGAUUUGUUAUUGGUUCGAUUUUCAAACUCUCCCCCACCACCACCUCCUUGCUAAAGGUCACGCAAACUAGACUGAGUAACGAAUUCCUGCAAAGUAAUUUUAUAUCCAAAUUGUUCCACACUACCGAAGGCUUGGUUGCCACCCAUCUUGCCACAACCAUACGGUAAAGUUCGAAACUGAAACUUCAAAGAAAGGAUUUCACUACAAAAACCAUGUCUGUCGUCAAGGAAAACUGGCAAACUACACGACCCACUAUCAGAGAAAGAAGCAAGUUUAUGUUCAACAACAAUCUCUUUAGCGAUGUGAAGUUUGUUGUUCAAAAGGCCGCUCAAGGCGAAAGUGAAAGUAAACAAGUGAUUCCUGCUCACAAGUUCGUGCUGUCGAUUAGCAGUCCUGUGUUUGAAGCCAUGUUUUACGGUGAGCUGGCGGAGACUACAGACUCUAUUGAACUGCCUGACUGUGAGUACGACAGUCUGUUGGAGUUGCUUCGUUACAUGUACAGCGAUGAACUGAACUUGAGCGGAAGUAAUGUGAUGGGAUUGUUGUAUUUGGCGAAGAAAUACAUGGUGCCUUCACUGGCUGAUAAAUGCACCGAAUUUCUGCAAGGUAAUUUAGAUCCAUCGAAUGUUUUCAGCAUCCUGCCCUCUGCUCAGAAAUAUGAAGAGAAAAACCUGGUGGAUCAAUGCUGGAAGGUGAUCGAUAAACAGACAGAAAAGGCGGUGAAAUCAGAUGCGUUUGUGACAAUUGAUAGGUCCUUACUUGAGGAAGUAGUUGAGAGAGAUACCUUGCGCAUUUCAGAGGUGGAAUUAUUCAAGGAAGUCAUGCAAUGGGCGACAAAGGAAUCGGAAAAGCGGGGUUUAGUGGCGGAUGGUCGAGUAAAGAGAAGAAUUCUCGGGGAGAAGAUCGUGAAGGGAAUACGUUUCCCUGUGAUGACGCAUAAAGAAUUUGUCAGUGUGGUCCUUGACUGCAAAAUACUCACUCUAGAUGAGGUCACAGACAUUGUCAAAUAUUUGAGCUCAGUAAAAGGCGCUGAAGUUGGAUUUCCGGUAUCGAUGAGAGGUGCUGGCUCCGGCCUUGUACGAUGUUUCAGGUUUGGCUCAGUCGAGCCAGGUUGGAGUAAUAAUAAUUGUGCGAUAAUUUUCUCUGUAAACAGAAACGUACUUUUUCACGGGGUCUACUUGUUUGGUAGUGCUGGUAGUUAUUUCUCUGUAAAUCUUACGAUGAAACAGUUGCCUGAUUAUACUACUGUUGUAUCUACUAAAGGUACAUUUCCAUCUUUGUUCAACAAAUCAAAGAAUUUUUGGGGCUUCGAUGUUUUGCUUGAGUCCCCUGUUUCUUUAAUUAAAGGCAAUAGGUAUCAUAUUGAGGCUGACAUAAGUGGUCCGCAUUCUUUUGGCGGAAAGCACGGUAAUAUCCACGUUGAGAGUUCCGGGGUUACAUUUAAGUUUGAAAACAGAAAAAAAGAUUGGUGUGGUGGAACUGGAGUAGAAAAGGGACAACUACCCGAGUUUAUCUUUAGCCUACAAGAGUGACUAUUUCUUUCAUAUUCUGUAAACAAGAACACGAGUGAAAAAUACAGUUAAUUUUUCGUCACAACUACUAUAACAGUUCGGUCUUUAGUUGUCAUGCUCACUCUAAAUAACAGCUUUUGUUAGCGCUAGUAAUUCCUUUUUAUGGCCAUAAGGUACCUUAGGACAAAGACUAUCUAGAACUCUGCGUCAGAGGUUUGAAACGCGUCGAAUGUCACUGUCAAGUAAAUGUGUAGCUUAGUUUUUGCAUUAUAAAAGGAUUUACAAUUAUGCAGGGGGCAAAAUGCAUUAAAUGACAAGAAAACAUGUGACUAUUAGGAAACUAUGUUAAUUAAACAAACAGUUUUGCUCUGA